AUGGAGCAGGCAACCAUCCUGGGGGGCCUAGGGCUCCCUUGUAGCCCCAAGCAGGCCUUGGCCCUGUACCAGCACCUCUUCCGGUGCCCUGCAGGCCUAGACCAGCUCCGGGCUGCCCUGCAGCAGGUGCAAGAGGGCCAAGCCUGCCUGUCAGUCCUGGAACUGCCCAAUGUGCUGCUGCAGAUGGAGCGGAGCCGGCGGGCCCAGGAGCAGCUCCUGUGGGAUUUGGAGCUGCUGACCGGGGCGGGCCUGGGCCUCUUCUGGCCACCCUGGGCCCAGUUCUGUGACCUGAGGGCCCAGGUCCAGCACACACAGAACCAGCUCAGCAAGCCCCGCAGCAGGACAGAUGAGAACUCUGAGUGGCUGUCGAGUGGGAAUUCCAGGCUGUGCCCACUGCCCCAGACUGAGGACUCCCUAAGCCAGAACCAUCAGCUCCUGGAGGGGGGCCGGGCAGCGGACCUGCCAUCAGCCCUGGAUCUGAGGGAAGCCAGCCUGGAUGCAGACCCAAGGCAGGAGAGCCCUGGCUUGCCUGCGGAAGGGCCCACAUCUGGUUGCUUCCAAGAGCUGAACCUCACCACCAGCGGUAGCCCUGGAGAACCAGGAAUCUCAGAGUUCGAGGACCUGGCCCAGAGGCAAGAGGGGAGCCAAGCAGAGCCCACGCCCCAGAGGCCCCAUCAACUAUCAUCUGGGAGCCUACAGGAGAAAAAGCUGGCUCAGGGAGCCCCAGGGCGCCCAGGCCUCCCCUCCCCGGGCCUGCCAGAACCCCAAGAUCCCCUGGAGGGGCUGGGCUGGAGCCUGGGCCAGGAGAGAGCAGAACAGAAGAAACUGCUAAGGACUGAGAUUCCUCACAGUCAGAGAGAGGGGGACCCUCAGGGUCAGAGUAAGAGAGAGACAAACCAGGGUCCGAGUGGGGAGGCCACUCAGGCUCUGAUGGAAGAGGUCUCUCAAGGUCAAAGAUGGGAGGGCCUCCAGGGCGAGCACAAAGGGGCGACUCCAGGUCAAAGCGAGAGUCGCCUCAAAUGCGAGAGAAAGGAGGCCCUCCCGGAGCCGAGUGCAGACUCCCCUCGGGGUUCGGGAGAGAAGAUUCUCCAAUCUUCCGAGGGCAGAGCCUGUAUCCCACCAGCCUGGGAGGCGGCUUGGGGAGAGGUGCCCCGGGAUAAAGGCGGCUCCCCGGGGGACAUCUGCAGGUCCCUGGGGGAACGGAUGCGGCAGCCUGGGGGAAGGGCGGGCCCGGGGCCCCGGGGUAGGACCACCCAGCUGAUGCAGGUUAAGACCUACGGCCCGAGAAGAGACAGCGCACCGGCCCUGGGAGCGCAGUGGCCCCUCCGGGAAGCGUUGCGGGCUCCCCUUCAGCUCGCUGGGCCCCUGACCCGGCCACUGCUCCCAGGCCUAGGAGCGGUGAUGCUAGAGGCCCCAUGCACUGGGGUCUCCGGGCAGCGGGAGCGCUCCACUGCUCUCCCAGGGCACCUGGGCCCGGUGCGCGAUCCGCCCUCGCUUCAGGGCCCAGGAGGAAGCUCUGGCCCCGCGGAGCAGGAGCUGGGCGGCUCCACGGGGCUUCCGGGCGCCUUCGGGAGACCGAGGGGUGCUGCGGAGGCCCCCAGAACCUCGAAGACCGCGUGGCCCGAACCCCUGAGCAGAGACCGGGCGUCGGCGAGCAUGAACGCCGCGCAGCAGGCGUCGGCUCUGCAGCGGCUGCUGGAGCUGAAUCGCGAGGCCAGACGCCGGCGGCAGCGGGACCGCGAGCAGCAGCGCCUCCGGGUCCUGGAGCGCCUCCGCAUCGCCAGGAACCGCCACUGCCGGGUGCACCCCCUGGAACCCCCACCGAGCCCAGCUCAGCUCCCACCACAGGAGGACGCGGCAGGGCGACGACGCGCCCUGCGGGAACAGCUGGAGCAAACGCUUCGGGAAAGGACCGGGCGGCUGCGAGCCCUCGGGGCCAGGAAUACCCAGAACUUCCAGCAGUUACUGUGGGCCCCCGGGGCUGUGGAACCUGACGAGCAUCACCCACCCUUCCACCCUUCCGAGGCCCCUCUAAAGUCUCUGAUGAAUCCUCAAGGAGAUGAUUAA